AACAUAGAAUGCUAAAGUCAUGUUAAAACAAAAAAAAAUGAUGCUGUUUUUGAUUCAAGUAAAAACUGUGACCACUGCUUACAGAAACUGUUUGUCCUUUAAAGGGUGACAUUAAGAGGGUUCAACGUUGAAGUUGAAGAGAUUUUUCAUCCUUCUCCAUUUAUUUUUUGUUCAAUACAUUGAGUAAAGAAAAUGUUUUUUUUACACCAAGUGUAUCAAAAAACUAUCGGUCAACACCAUAAUGUUGUCUUUUGUCAUUCUUCCACUUCAACGCAAUAUGAUGCAAAACAACCUGCGUGUACUGCACAACGUACUAAUACGAACAAAAAAAGUGGCUUUUAUAACGAAUGGUUCGAGACUGUAUCGCAUCAUUUUAAAGAUCAAUGGACGCACUUUAAGGGGAAGAAGGACUUGCAAGAACAAGCUGAUAGAAAGAAUAGUAUGUUGUAUGAUACCGUUUUGACGGAUUCUCAAAAAUUAAAAGGAGCAAUGGAAGCGGACGCCAGUACAUCCUGUGACACCUCAACGACGUGUGCCACGUUACAUCAUACCACUUCAACCGAUUGUCAAGGUACCGAUGGAGAUCAGAACCCUCUUCAAUAUGAACAAUAUUCUCGAGAAUAUUUGCAAAUGACCAGUCAUGAUUCUUUUGAUGGCUUUCGUUUAGAAGCCGUGAAAAGUGUCUCACCUCUAUUUCAAUUAAACCAUUCGCUUAACUUGGGAACGACAUGCAGACCUUCAGGUUAUUGUUAUCAAUUUGGUCCAACAUUUUCAAGUGCCGAUAGAUCCUUUUUUUUAAUGUCACGAUACGCAACGGAUGGGACAAUGAUGGCUAGAAUUAUCAAAAAGCUAGGUGACAAAAUGGAAGGAAGAAUUUCAGGUUGCUCAUCUCUUGAUUCCCCACAACGUAAUGUUGUGGAAGUCAAUUUAGAUCGUACACACGAUUUCUGGUGUACUUGUUUGAAAGCUGCGUGGCAUGGUACUUGGAUAUUAAAUGGGUCUCUUAGUCGCAGGAUUUGUCCUGGACUGCAUUGUGGUGGUGAAAUCUCAUGGAUAGCUGCAACAAGAGGAAUCGUUACCUCUAUAGGAGCACGUUACCAGUAUUUAAAUCAUAUCAUUUCAGGAAAUUUUGUAAGACAGCCCGAUUAUCAACUGUAUCAAGAAACAUUGGGACAUUGUCAUACCGCGAAAAUUCAGUAUUGUCAAAAGAUCUCUAGCCGUUUAACUUUAGGUACUGAGUUGGAAAUAGGCGUGAACAAAUCGGCUUUAGAAAGUGCCUUAAGUUUUGGUUAUGAAUAUUUGUUCAAACAAGCUAGGGUUCAAGGACUCUGUGAUACAACGGGUAAAGUGUCCAUGGUGGCUCAAGACGCUUCAGGUUUUGGUGUGAGUGGACUUAUCGAUUAUUGGAAAGGCGAUUACCGUUUUGGAUUUAUGAUGCAAAUGGUUCCACAGCCUUCUACUCCCAAUACAACGGCUUCAGAAGCCAUGUGAAGUAAAAAGGAUUCUUUCGCGUCAAAUCCUGCGGUUAUCAUUGUUGACUCGACUUUGUUUUUUUUUCAUUCGUUUCUAGUAGUAUUUUCUCACGUUAAAGCUUAACGUGAGCAAACCAAAUUAAAAAAAAAAAAACCAUCCUACUCUUAGAGUCUUCAGGACGUUAAAUAUACUCUUCCCAUAGUCAAACAUGAGGCUUGGACCAUUCGUACACACAGUGAACUGUUUUUUAUUUGCUUUGUAAUGUUUUGGACCUAUAUUUAAAAAAAUGAUGAGUGGCAAACAGAAAUAUUUUCUUGAUCCCAUACAGGCUUAAUAGUUUCAUCAUUUCUCCAUCAACAUUAGAAAACACUUUUGUGUUGAUUAAGAGCACGUUGACGUAAGAAUGACAAAAUGUGCCGUUUUUUUUAAAGAUCAUGCGUCAAAUGCUUAAAAUAUCCCUUUAGGCUAAAGUAUGAA